AUGCAUAUCGGCAUCAGAAACCAGCUGAGUGCAUUCGUCCUGGUUGUAUCCCUCACUUCGCUGGGCGUACUAGCCAUUGUCACAUGGUUUAAUAACCAAAGCCUCGUUACCGACCUUCGGCAAUCACGGCUUUCUCUCAUAUCUUCUCUCAAAUCCGACCAAAUCGCUUCCGAUAUCAACCUUCUCGAAACAGCCGUCACGAGCAUUGCCUCCCGAGCGCAGAUACUCAAUGCUAUAAAAAGGUACACCGGCGAGAUUGGGGGGGUUAGGAAUACGACUUAUGCCAACUGGAAUACCUCUCUGAUCGAUUACUCUUUGGUUCUAUCGACCCAACUUGCUUUACAACAUAUCACGGUUUACAGUACCGACUUCAAAACCGUAUAUCUUAACGUAACUAGCGAAACCGGCCUCCCCUCGACGACACCGGGUUUUAGGGAGAUUCGCGAUGCCACAGGGAAUCUUGUCGGGUAUAAUUCCCAACUUGGGCAUCCAGGUUUCCCUGACGAACUGUUCCCGACGGAGCCGCCAUCAGAUAGAAUGCUACUUUUAGGUCCCGUCAAAUCGUUAACCAACUCUUCAGCACAUAUUGCUAGCUUUACUGCGCCUAUAUAUAACAACACGACUGCGGCUGUUGUCCAAAAAUCUAUUCUAGGCUAUGUAACCGUUGUUUGCUCGCUGUUCAACGUGGAAAACACCCUUAGCGACUACGGCGAUCUCGGGCAGACUUAUCGCUAUUUACUUCUUGGUCCUACAAAUGGGAACCUCGCAGAUAGGGACUCUGGGUGGCCUGGGAAUGUCAGCUGGAGAUAUGUGUUGCCGCCAGUUAUUGGCCUUUCGGGAGAGGGUAGAUUGGGAGGAUUCCUUUAUGAUGUCGCACGUGCACCCGGUAAUGAGGGGACCGUUAUCGAUACUCGUAAUCCAGCAAAUGGUGCGAGGGUGGCCAUUGGCUUUGCGCCGGUUAACUACGCAUUCGCUGAUUGGAUGUUCAUUGUUCAGAUGAGCCAUGAUGAAGUCAAUCAACCGGUCGUACACCUCAGAAAUCUCCUGCUGGCUACUGUCUUUGGAACUGGAGCGGGCGUGGUUAUUGUGACAUGCAUUCUCGCGACAUAUGCCGUGCGUCCAAUCGCUAGGCUACGUGAUGCAACAGAAAAGACGACAAGGCCUCCAGGAUACAGCCCGACGGCUUAUGAUAGCGAAACAGAAGAGCCUCCGGCUGUCUUCGGAACGGCUGGGGAGAGUACUAUUGGCGAGUCCAUUCGGCGCCGGAAACCGUGGUGGCGGCGUGGCUUUACAAACGAGAAAAUCGAAGGCAGCACUAAUAGGGGCCGAAAAGGGCGAAGUUUCAGGGUGCCAGAGAAAGUUCCGGACAAGAAGCACAUUGUGACCGACGAACUCACCGAUCUCACGAGAACUUUCAACGAAAUGACGGACGAGCUCGUUAAACAGUAUACCCAUCUAGAAGACAGAGUGGCGACCCGGACGGCUGAACUCAAAGAACAAACGCAGCUGGCGAAUGCUGCGAAUGACGCCAAAUCUAUGUUUAUUGCCAAUGUGACACACGAACUACGAACACCGUUGAAUGGAAUCCUGGGAAUGUGUUCCAUAAUGAUGAAUGAGCCGGGUCUAGCACCUAGUAUCAAGCGAAGCUUGAAUACGAUCUGGAAGAGCGGAGAUCUCUUGCUUUGUCUAUUGACGGAUCUGCUGACCUUCAGCAGGAAUCAAGUUGCUGGCGUAAAUGUUGUCCUUGAGGAAGGAGAGUUUCAUAUCAGGGAUCUCGUUACCCAGGUUAGAGCAAUUUUUGUCAAGACAGCGAGGGACAAAGGCGUCGAACUAGGAAUUGAAAUCUCUAGCGAUACCGGUGAUGUGGAAGCUGGAGAGCCGUCAAUCAAUGGGAUUUUGAGAGGCGACUUGAAUCGGGUUCUGCAAGUUGUGAUUAAUUUGCUGAGCAAUGCGCUGAAGUUCACACCUGAGAAGGGAUCGGUACAACUAAGAAUCGCUAUGCUCAAGGACACGAAGGGUCUCGCAUUGACCACGGGAGACACCCCACAAAAGGAUAUGCCGCUACUUAAUAUCCCUCAAACCGCAAUAAUCAACCCAAAUACCCCGGCAAAUCUAGCUUUAAAGGCCAAAAAAGAGGCCGCAUCGCUAACAAUACCGUCACUAACAACUCCUGGCGAAGUUAGUAACUCUUCUACAACUGAAGCCUACUUUUCCGAGAAUAACAAGUCAAAGGAUGACGAAGACCACUCUCAAGAAGGUAGAAUACCAUUGGAAGACCCGAGAAUUACUGUCCGCUGGUUCGAGUUCUCUGUCAUCGAUACUGGACCUGGUAUUCCAAGCCAUAUGCACACUAAGAUAUUCGAGCCUUUCGUCCAAGGGGAUCUUGGCCUGUCGAAGAAGUAUGGAGGAACCGGCCUGGGCCUUAGCAUCUGCAAACAACUUGCCGAACUCAUGGGUGGCCUCAUUGAACUGAAAUCAUUCGAAGGAGCAGGUAGCUCGUUUACUCUACGGAUACCGCUCCGAGCUGGAGGAUUUCCAACACAACCCCAUACUGGAUACUCGAGACCUGGAAGCCUGGCCACCACAAGGUAUACUCGUAAUUUGCCACCGAACCUACGACCGAGAGGGGAUAUUGACAAUAUCAGCACUAAGACUGCGUCGACGGCUUUCAGCUCAAUAUCCGGCGGCCAAGCGGAUGCGACACGACUUGUUGGAUUGAGUCAACCAUUUUUCGCCCCAGAAGUUGUCGAAGACGAAUUCACUGAAAGACGAGGGAGCCGCAAUAUAGAGAAACGGCAUAAGGAACACUCCCCGUCUCCUCCAGUUCUGCCUACGAUACCGUCGUAUUCUGAGACACCACCCACGCCCACACCCGGGGAUAAGACGGAAACAGUACUAAGCCAGCGACGACCAACCCUAGAAAGAACUUCUUCAUCACCCGCCAUAAUAUCACCGAGGGGUUUGGAGGGAUUUUCCUCGGUGUCACGGAAACCAUCUGAUGACCGAGGAAAAGCACAGUCAACACCCUUGUCCUCUAUCGGAAAUGGGAGUGCUCCGCCUAUACCCACCCCAUUGGAUCAGGGGGGGCCUAAAUCCGCUACACAAAAACAGGGUGCCCUACCGACCAAAGCACCGCCUUCUACGGUUUCGCCCAGCAAGUCAGUCCGAAUGAGAAAGGUCCCAGAGGCCGAGACUGGAGAGGCAAGUUCUGGGCCGGCCAAGAAAGAAAAACGGUCCUCGAAGGAGUUGAAGGACCUGAAGGAUAAAAGAGCGUCCAUCAAAGUUCUUGUCGCGGAGGAUAAUCGAGUCAACAUUCAAGUCAUUAAAAAGAUGCUAAAACUUGAAGCUGUUUCAGAUAUCACUCUAGCGGAGGACGGUGCUGUCGCAGUUUCCAGGGUCAAGGAAGCUCUUGCUGUUGGCAAGAAAUUUGACAUCAUAUUUAUGGACAUCCAGAUGCCCAAUAUGGACGGCCUGCAAGCUACUAAAGUCAUCAGAGAGAUGGGAUACGCUUCCGCUAUCUGUGCACUAACCGCAUUUGCAGAGCAGAGCAACGUAAAAGAGUGCUUCGACGCUGGAAUGGAUUACUUUUUGGCGAAGCCGAUCAAGAAGAAUGACCUUAGGAAGGUUCUACAACUGUACGGGAGUUCGUCGACGCUGACUGAUGGAGGACUCGGUACCGCCGGGCCUGUUGAGGCCGGGCCUAGUGAAGUGGCACCGCAGUGA